GCAGAGCACUCGACAAGGAUCGCUGCUUACAGUCCUGUUUAACAAGCGGGUUUUUGUGCUUGUGUUUCAGUGUUUUUCCGGUGAAGUAAAAAUCAUCACAUUAUUGAAAAAGAACCCUAUGCAUGCCUGUAAUUUAUUCACCUUGUCCAAGUGUGCAACAUAGACACAUAAAUAAUAUCCCCCCAAAACCCUACGAAGUGCCGCUGAGUCCGUGUCCAUUUUUUGCAUGAGACGGAGCUGAUCAUUUCCUGCCUGUAAACGAAAGUGAAAUUAAGUGUCGGCAUUUUAAAGGCAGAGUCGCCGUUUUAUCAAGAAACAUUUUAUCAAGAUUCUGGAGUAAUGUAAAGAUAUUCUAUGUUUCAAGCGCAGCUGAAUGACAGAAGGUGGUGUCACUUACUCCGCCAAACCAGCCAACUUCUGCAGCUGAGGAUCCCAGCGAAGGUCCCUGCCUUCGACCACUGCCCAACUCACACUGCACCCGACCCCUUUCGCCCCUCCUACAGAGGCCCCAGCAGGAAUCAUCUGGUCUGGAUCAGCAUAGAAAUGGAUGGAUCUGCUUCUGAAAUGCGCCCCCCUGUGGGGUGUAACAGAAAGAGCCCUGAUAGUGUCCCGAUGAAGAGAGCAGACUCCCCUGUACCCAGCUGUGUUUCCAUGAAGAGUGACUGGUCAAUGGAUCACCCACAUGCCUUCAGAGAGGAACCUUUUCCUACAGAUCAAAGAGACCAAAUGGAAGAAUGCAGUUCAAAUCUACAUGAUAAAUCGGGUUUAUCAUCCAUAUUGAAGUCGCUAGAGGAAAAAGCCAUGAAGUUCCUAAAGGAGGAACUGAAGACGUUUGUGAGGCACCUAGAUCAGAAUUACCCAGAAUGCUCUGAGCCUCAGCUGGAGGAGGACAAUGACCUGGACUGUGAUGGUCAGAUGCAGAAGACCAGUGUUAGAGAGGUAGCUCUGAAGAUCACACUGUACAUCCUGAGGACCAUGAAGCAAAAUGAUCUUGCUGACCUGCUGGACAAGAGAAAGCUCAUGCUACAGGAAAUCAAAGCUAAACUUAAGAAGCAAUUUGAGUGUGUAUUUGAAGGGAAAGCUAAGGAAGGACAGCCAACACUUCUCAGUGAGAUUUACACAGAACUCUACAUAACUGAAGGUGGGACUGGAGCAGUCAAUGAUGAACAUGAAGUGAGACAGAUUGAAACAGCAUCCAAGAAAAGGCGAACAGAAGAUACUACAGUCAAGUGCAAUGAUAUAUUUAAACCCUUAUGUGGGCGUGUGACACCUAUCAGAACUGUACUCACUAAAGGGGUGGCAGGCAUCGGGAAAACAGUCUCUGUGCAGAAAUUUAUUCUGGACUGGGCAGAAGGAAAAGCAAACCAGGAUGUUCACUUCAUAUUUGCUCUUCCUUUCCGGGACCUGAAUUUGAUUAAGGGUGAAUACAGUCUGAUUGAACUGCUUCACCACUUUGUCCCAGAACUGAAAUCAUUUCAAUCCACUGACCUGUUUAGCUCCAAAGUCUUGUUCAUCUUUGAUGGUCUGGAUGAGUGUCGCCUUCCUCUGGAUUUUCAGAACAAUGAGAGCUGGUUUGAUGUAACAAAGAAAACGUCACUAGAUGUGCUGUUGACUAACCUCAUUAAGGGGAAUCUGCUCCCAUCCGCUCUCCUCUGGAUAACCUCCCGGCCAGCAGCAGCCAAUCAGAUACCAGCUGAGUGUGUCCACCAGGUGACAGAGAUACGAGGGUUCAGUGAUGCCCAGAAGGAGGAGUAUUUCAGGAGGAGAUUUAAUGAUCAGAGCCUGGCCAGCAGGAUUAUCACACAUGUGAAAUCAUCAAGGAGCCUCUUCAUCAUGUGCCACAUACCUGUGUUCUGCUGGAUUUCAGCCACUGUGCUUAAGAGGCUUUUUAGUGAGACUGACAGGGGAGAAAUUCCAAAGACUCUGACUGAAAUGUACACACACUUCCUGAUCUUUCAGACAAGUUUAAAAAAUGACAAGUAUAUGAAAAACCAUGAAACUAAGCUUAAGGAAUACAGCAAGCAAUUCCUUUUAAAACUUGGUAAACUUGCUUUUGACAACCUUGAGAAAGGCCAUCUCAUAUUUUAUGAGCAAGAUCUGACAGAGAAUGACAUUGAUGUCGCUGAAACUUCAGUUUACUCUGGAGUCUGCACAGAAGUCUUUAAAGAGGAGUAUGGGUUGUACCAGGAGAAGGUGUACUGCUUUGUGCAUCUGAGCAUCCAGGAGUAUCUCGCUGCUUUAUAUGUGUUUCUGUCAAACUCAUCAGCUGACCUGCUGGAGACUGCAAUGGAUCAGGCAUUAGAGAGCAAGAAUGGACACUUGGACCUCUACCUCCGCUUCCUCCUGGGCCUCUCAACAGACUCCAGAAAGACUCUGUUACAAAGGCUACUGGGGCCGACAAGAAUCAGCUCACAUACCAUUAAGGAUACAGCCCAGUACAUCAAGGGGAAAAUAAAGGAGAAUUUAUCUCCAGAAAGGACCAUCAAUCUGUUCCACUGUCUGACUGAACUGGGUGACAAUUCUCUAGUAGAGGAAGUACAAAGAUACCUGAAUUCAGGAAACAUUUCAGCAGAUGACCUCUCACCUGCACAAUACUCAGCUCUGGCCUUUGUGAUGCUGAUGUCAGAUGAGGAGCUGGAUGUGUUUGACCUGAAAAAAUACAUCAGACGAGAUAAACAGCACUGCAGGCUGCUGCCUGUGGUCAAGAACUCCAGGACGGCUCUGCUGAACAGCUGUGAUCUCAUAGAUAAACACUGUGAAGUGCUGACUUCAGCUCUCAGAUCAAACUCCUCACCCCUGAGAGAGCUGGAUCUGAGCUACAAUCACCCAGGAGAUUCAGGAGUGAAGCUGCUCUCUGCUGCACUGGGGGAUUUACACUGUAAACUGGAGAUACUGAGGCUGUCAGGCUGUAGAGUCACAGAAGAAGGCUGUUCUUCCCUGGCUUCAGCUCUGAAGUUAAACCCCUCACACCUGAGAGAGCUGGACCUGAGCUACAAUCACCCAGGAGAUUCAGGAGUGAAGCUACUCUCUGCUGUACUGGAGGAUCUCAGCUGUAAACUGGAGAAGCUGCAGGUGGGCUGGUGUGAACUCACAGAGAAAUGCUGUGAGGCACUGGCUUCAGCUCUCAGAUCAAACUCCUCACCCCUGAGAGACCUGGACCUGAGUGACAAUGACCUGCAGGACUCAGGAGUGAAGCUGCUCUCUGCUGGACUGGGGGACUUAGACUGCAACCUGGAGAUACUGAGGUAUGACUGGGUAUUCCACACUGUAAACUGUGGGUAGUGAGGUGAGUAUUACUGGGUAUUUCACACUGUACAUUGGAGAUACUAAGGUAGGAAAUAGCUAAUGAUUUCAAAAUAAAGCAGGAGUAUCUAAGUCUAGGGGUUGACUUAAAAAAUAACAUUAGAUUCGCUACAGUAAGUGGAAUGUCGAAAGUAAGACUGCAUUGGAGGUUAAGGAUGACAUUAAAAGUUUCUACCAAUAUUUUAACUCCAAAAGAGCUCUAAAAGCUGAAAUCACUCAUCUGCAGGAUAGUAAGGGCCUUAUAAUUGAAAAUGAAAACUGAUAUAGUAAAUGAGUUUAAUGAUUAUUUUACACGGGUGUGCACAGUAGAGGACAUGAUUAACUUACCACCAUUUAGUACAAAUACAGUGUCGUAUAUAAAUAAUAUACAGUCCCUCCACAAUUAUUGGCCCCCUUGUAAAGAUUUGUAAAAAGGGUUAGAAAAAAAUCCACCUUUUGGCGAAGCAGCUUCAUCUCACACUGAAAAAAAAUGAGAA